GCCGGCGAAAGUAAAGCGCCCGUCCCCUAACUUUCUUUCUUAAAACUCAAAAUUAGGGUUUGCUUUAACAAAAUCCCUCAGCAUUCUCUGCUAGAUUUCCCUCCUUUUCUUCAAAUUUUCCUGCUCGAUAUAUAAUUAAACGGUAGAACUGGCCAUUGUCUUUUUUUGGGGGCAAUCUAUUAUCUAACUUUCAAGAAUUUCACUUUGUUGAGCAUCUGAAUCCUCUUGAUUAUCGUUCAGAACUUUCUCUUUCUUGUCUCUAUUACUAUUUGUACUAUUUUGUAAUUCCCUUUUUUGAGAGUCAUUCAAGUUGCGACUCCUGUGAAAGCCAUAUUAUCUUCAUGGCACAGAUUCAAACAAAAUUCUUAUUCUGCAACUCCAUUUGGCCUCUCAUUUUUGUUUCCUCCUUUCCACAUUUGGACUCUUUUCUUUUGUCAAUGCUUCUGGCUUCUGUGCUUCCUUCACAGUUGCUUUGCAAGCUUGGUUUAUUAGAUUACAUAAAAUGCCAAGGACAAGGGAAGAGAUUGAAGAGCAGGUGGACCUUGAUGGAGACAAUGAUCCUGAGGAGACUAUAGAGGAAGAGGUUGAAUAUGAAGAAAUAGAGGAAGAGGAGGAAGUGGAAGUUGAGGAAGAGGUAGAAGAGGAAGUGGAAGUAGAAGAAGAAGAAGAGGACGAGGAUGCUGAGCUUGUUGAUUUCCAGAAAGGCUCUGAUGCUAAUGAGGGGAUGGAUGAUUUUGAAACAGAGGAAGAAAAGAAAAAGAUGCAUGCGGAGCUUCUUGCACUUCCUCCUCAUGGGUCAGAGGUUUACCUUGGUGGCAUUCCUCAUGAUGCUUCUGAUGAGGACUUGAGGAGGUUUUGUGAAUCUAUAGGAGAAGUCAUAGAGGUUAGGAUAAUGAAGGAGAAAGAUUCAGGGGAGGCCAAGGGUUAUGCUUUUGUGACCUUCAGAUCCAAAGAGUUGGCUUCCAAAGCUAUUGAAAAUCUGAAUGGUUCUGAAUUCAAGGGGAAGAAGAUAAAAUGUUCAACAUCUCAAGCAAAGAAUAAGUUAUUUAUUGGUAAUGUUCCCAGAAACUGGGGGGAGGAAGAUGUGAAGAAGGUUGUAAAAGAUGUUGGUCCUGGAGUCAAUAGUAUUGAAUUGUUGAAGGAUCCAAUGAACCCUAGCCGAAACCGUGGAUUUGUUUUCAUAGAGUACUAUAAUCAUGCAUGUGCUGAAUACUCAAGACAGAAAAUGAUGAAGCCAACAUUUAAGCUUGAUGAUAAUGCUCCAACCGUGAGUUGGGCAGACCCAAGAAGUGCAGAAUCUUUUUCCAAUACUCAGGUUAAGGCUUUGUAUGUUAAGAAUUUGCCAAAAGAUAUAACUCAGGAUCGCCUAAGGAAGCUGUUUGAACAUCAUGGAAAGAUCUUGAAAGUUGUAGUUCCACCUGCGAAAGUUGGAAAGGAGAACAGCAGAUAUGGUUUUGUGCAUUUUGCGGAGAGGUCAAGUGCCAUGAAAGCAUUGAAGAACACUGAAAAAUAUGAGAUUGAUGGUCACGUAUUGGAGUGCUCUCUUGCAAAACCACAAGCGGAUCAGAAGUCUGGAGCAUCUGGCUCCCAGAAGUCAUCUCUAGAUUCAAGCUUCCCACCUCUUCUCGGAUAUGGUUUAGUUGGGGGAGCAUAUGGUGGUCUUGGGACAGGAUUUGGUCCUGCUGGCUUUGGACAGCCAUUGAUCUACGGUCAAGGUCCAACCCCUGCAGGAAUGGCAAUGAUGCCAAUGCUUUUACCUGAUGGAAGGAUUGGAUAUGUCUUGCAACAGCCUGGAGUGCAACCACACACCCCUCCACCACAGCCCCAUAGCAGCCGAGGUGGUGCUAGUGGUAGCAGUUCGAGUGGUGGAAGGCGGAGCAGCAAUGACAGUAGCCGAGGACGGCGUAGGUAUAAUCCAUAUUAGUUUAGUUCCCAAUUUCAUGUUUUUCACGGUCUGAAGCUUAGAACGAAUCUGCUUGAGUUGUAUUUGAGGCUAAGCAGUAAGGAUUACCCAAUUAGUUUCUGUUUUAACAUAAUUUGAUGGCAAAUGUAGCUGUAAAACCAUAACUGAUAUUUAUUUGAUGGCUGAUGCCAAUUCCAGUGAUCAAAA